GACGGUCCGAGGUGUGGAAGUGCAGUAACUGAAGCGCAAACAGUCAAAAACUUCAUAGCUGGGGAGUUUGAGUAACAUCUCCUUUAUUUGAAUAGAUUCCAUAUCUGAAUUGGCAUUUUCGUUCCAUAACGGAGACGAUUUCUACAUCCACAAUGGCUCUCCCACCUCCUGUGACUCGAACUAUAGCUCUGAAAUGUCUACGAAGACAUAUACAUCGCCAUGGCGGUAUGCGCGUUGUCGUUCCUAAGAUAACACGUCUAUUCAGCUCGUCGGACUGUGCUCAAGCUAGUAAAGACCGUGACGCUGAAAGUUCGCGCUACUCAGACCGUCAAAGCUCGCCUCUUCGCGAGUUCAAUGCCUCUCCCUCGUUCCAAUACACAAGGUCUCCCAAUCCAUCAUGGAAACUAGGACAAAGCCAUACUUUGCAACACGAAAAUCAGAAGGAAUGGAAGUCGGACGAGAUGCAGGGAUGGAAGACUUGGCAAAUGGAUGAGACCCCAUCACGGGAUAUUUAUCGACUCUUGACAAGUGCAGUCGUGCCUCGCCCGAUCGCUUUUGUGUCUACCCUCUCAGCAAAUGGCGUCCCUAACUUGGCACCGUUCAGCUAUUUUUCGAUGGUCGCACAUAACCCACCGUUAAUCAGCGUUUCAUUCUCGCUCUCUCCAAAAAGGCCAAAAGACACUCGGGAAAAUAUUUUAGCGACCAAGGAGUUCACUGUUAGCAUAAUUAACGAGGCUUUCGUAGAGGCGGCCAAUGCGACGUCCGUAGAAGCCCCCGCUGAUAUUGACGAGUGGCAGUUAAGCGGCCUGACCAUGGCGAAAAGUACAGACGUCAAUCCCCCGUGGGUCAGGGAGAGUGCUGUAGGCCUUGAAUGCGAGCUCUUUCAUACGUAUGACAUCUGCCCACCAAGCUCGGAUGAAAUCACCCAUACGCUUGUGCUGGGCCUCAUCAAGAGAGCGCAUGUCAGAUCUUCUGUGAUGAAGGAUGACGGUACUGUCGACCCCCUAAAGCUCCGUGCCGUCUCACGUUUAGGCGGUAACACGUAUGCACGGAUAGGGGAGGGUUUUGAGGUUCCUCGACCGUCUUGGAAAGUCAUGCGCCACGAAAUCGAAGCUCAAGAUCACUGAAGAACGUUGCAUAGACUUGCCGCACACAAGUUAUCACGGGCAUCGUGUUGAUAUCGCUAUCUCCGCACGAGUAGCAAUGGAGACCAUAAUGCUAUGGGCCAUGUUAUUGACUGCAUGAUAUCAUUUCCGCGUGUUCCAUUAUGGCUGAUAAUGAUAUAGUUUAAUGGAGUGCGUUAGAACUGCAGU